AUGGGUUAUGUUGAUAACUGUGCGAACGCGCGGAGAGAGGGUAACCUCACUGUUUCUGGUAUGGCGCUGGAAAGUAUUGAUACCGAUAAUCUACUGCACGGGGGUCCAGCAGACCUGGUAAAGACGGGGAGCGAGAGAGAAAAAGAUUACGCCCCAACGGCUCUGGAGCCGCUGCCGCCCCCGCGAAUGUCGCGGAUAGGGCCCACGUCGCUGGCGCCGCUGCAACAGCGCCGCUCCACUCUCGAGCCGCUUAGCAGCCAACCGCUCUUGCCAACCCUCGCCAAGCCCCCACUGCCCAGCACCACCCCCGUGAAACCCACCGCUGCCUCCACGCCGCCGCCGCCUGAUCCUGCGGCGCCGCAGCAACCCCCCCUGGUACCUCCGGCCCCCUCCUCAGACGCACCCGACGCCUCGGCGUCAUCCCAGCCCUCACCCCCACCCGCACCGCCUUCGCUAUCGGCUGCUGCCACUGCACCGUCCGCCCUCGCAAACCCCCUCCCUAGCGACACACGCGAGCCCGCGAGUAUAGACGGGCUCAGUAGCCCCGCUGCCACUGCCGCUGCCGCUGCGGCACCAAUGGCAGCCGGCGGCUCGGUGGCUGCGGCAGCGGCAGCGGCGGCGGCAGCUCCAUCACGGCAUCCGACACGGCGGCCCAGCCUGCCCGACGCACCCACCUCCGCCACCACCCCCGACGCUGGUCCUGCCCAACCGCAAGGCGUACCGCAGCCUCAGCAACCUCAGCCGCCGCCUCCCCCGCUACCGCUGAGAGAUAGCGCGCCUGUUUUAAGUCCCGCGCCGGAUGCUCAGACACCCACCCUCCCUGGCGCUGUGCCCACCACGCCGACGGCAGGAAAGGUGGAUAGCGGUGGCGGUGCAGCCGCUGCUGGGGUGGUAGGGGCAGAUGGCGCCGACACGCGGGCGGCCCGGGCAGCAGCAGGCGGGGGGGGGGCCAAGAGGGUGCCGCCGAAGGAGCCGCCUCCCCCCGCCGCUGUGGAUCACGCGUCCGUAACUACGGAUGGCCGUACAGUGGAGCAGUACAUUCCGUUUGGCUUUGUGGAGCUCCGAGUGGCGGUGGAGGUGGUGGUGGCGGCAUUGGUGGCGGUGGUGGCGGUGGCGGCAAUGGUGGUGGUGGUGGUGGCGGUGGUGGUGGUGGUGGUGGUGGUGGUGGUGGUGGUGGCGGCAAUGGUGGUGGUGGCGGUGGUGGUGGUGGUGGCGGCAAUGGUGGCGGUGGUGGCGGUGGCGGCAAUGGUGGUGGUGGUGGUGGGCAAUGGUGGUGGUGGCGGUGGUGGCGGUGGCGGCAAUGGUGGUGGUGGUGGUGGGCAAUGGUGGUGGUGGCGGUGGGCAAUGGUGGUGGUGGCGGCAAUGGUGGUGGUGAUGAUGAUUUGGGUGCCCAUCGUGGUGGGAUGUGGGAUGGCCGUUUGGAAGGCCAUCAACGGCACCAUAGACUUCUCCAACCUCAUCAAUGCGGCCCUGUCCAUAGUGCUGAUCGUCAUGCCCAUCACGUGGGGUGUCCGCGCCUACUUCGCCAUCAAGGAGAAGGAGCGGCUGCACCAGGCGCACCUCAACGCGCUGUUUCUGCUGCACAACCUCAACAACAACGCCGGAGUCAUCUCGCAACUGCUGGGGGAGGCGCAGGAGCAGGAGGACAACGAGACGAUGCUGGCUUACUUCUUCCUGUGGCAAGGCGAAGCUACGCCGAAGCCCGUGCCCAAGAUUGAGCUGGACAGGGCCGUGGAGGCGUAUCUGCAGGGCACACACACAUGGGUAUUAACAUUGUGGUUUUUAUGUGCAACUAUUCGUUUCCCGCCGCAGAGUAAGUUGGACGAGCUGAACGUUGCCGUACGCAUGGACUACGAGGUAAUUGACUCCAUGACCAAGUUGGAAAGGCUGGGGCUGGUGCACAUCAGCCGAGGGCCGGACGGAGUGAGGCGGCUGCAGGCUCUCCCCCUGGACUUGGCCCUGGAAAAGGCCCACGUGCGCCACUUUGACGAAUCCCGCGAGGCAGGUCAGCCCGAGCUGCCCCCCUCAGAGGCCCGGCGCCAGGUCACCCAGGGCCUCACAUGGCACGAGUGUGCGGAUGUGUUCCGACCCACAGGUCAGAAGUUCCGGUAUUUUUGGAACUCCGAAACCGGAGAGUCUCAGUACCACGAACCCGACGAGCCGUACAUCAAAUUGGGGGCAGCAGCGGCGCUGGACCUGGAGGACGCGUACGGUCAGGUGCUGGACCGACUAAGACUCAGACCCCUCACCCUUCACCCCUCACCGCCACCUCUGGUCCGGGCCCUCAACCCCCCGCCCUUGCCGACCCGCAUCCCACCUGGCCACCGCCCGCCCCGCAUCGGGCUCUCGUGCUACGUGCCAGCGCGCUGA